AUGGUGCUUGGAGUGCCAGAAUUUCAUGGAGAAGCCCUCAGAAAGGUGCAAGCUGGCUAUCAGCUAGAACUGAAAUUAGAUGCUGUUUCCCCCACAACCCAGUAUUUCCAGUCCAGGUCUAAGCGGGACACUGGAAGUCAAGUUAGAGCUCCCCGUACUCCCGUCAGCCAAAUCCUCUCCAGGCAAGAGCCACGGGGGCGCCUCGGGAGCCCGGUGUGCGGGCGGAGCGGCCCCGUCCCGCCUCCCGAAACCCCCCCGGGCAGUGGAGGCGAGGCUGCCCCGCGGGUGACCCGCCCGACGACGCACCCCCGCCGCAUCAUCACACGAGGGGGCAGCGCGGCCGCUAGCACUGCCCCGGCACCCGCCUGCCUCUGCCUCCCUCCUCUCGGCGGCUCGCCGCAGCCCGGGGUCUGUCGAGUCAAAGCGAGGAUCAGGUUCCCUGCCUCCAGUAUAAAAAUCUCAGGGAAGAAAUCUCCAGCGGGAGAGAGAGACGGGGAGAGGGAGGAGCGGGGCGUGAGUCGGAGGUCCGUGGGGAAGCGGAGCCGCGGCGCCGACAACACCCGCAGCACCAGCAGCACCCGCCGCACACCGGGGACGCCCGCGGCUCGCCCCUUACAGCUGCGGGAGAAGCGCUUCUUGCCGCCCGAAGUAAGUCCGAGGGGACGGCGAGGGCUGCCAGGGGCUGCCGGAGGGAGCUGCCUCCCGAACCCGCUCCUUCGGGCGAGAUGCGAAGCGCUUCACCCAAUCACCCCGCACCCGGGGGUUCUCCCCCGUACCGCCUCGUCUCCUCUGAUUUCCUCCCCCCCCCCCCCCCCCCCUUACCCCCUCCGGGAAUGA